UAAAUACAGUUUAUUUUUUUCUUCAUAACAUAAAAACUACACACAAAGAGAGAGAUACAGAGAGAGAAACAAGAAGAAAAAAGAAGAAGAAAGAAAAAUACCCACAUUGCUCUCUCUUUAUCUCUCUUUAAUUCCAUACAAUUUUACCUAUUUUGAAACCCUCAUUUAUAUUUUCAUUUUUCUCUAAAGAAAUUGUGAUCAAGAAAGGUCAAUUAUUUCAAAGGCAUUGCCUUUUUAUUGAUUUUAAAAACAUAACAAGAUUUUUAUUGUGCAGAUAUUAACUAGAGAAAGAUUCAGAAACAUGGUGUUUUGGAUUUUUGGCUAUGGUUCAUUGGUAUGGAAUCCUGGAUUUGAGUAUGAUGAGAAAUUGAUUGGAUACAUUAAGGAUUAUAGGCGUGUGUUUGAUCUGGCUUGCAUUGAUCAUAGAGGUACACCUGAAAAACCUGCAAGAACCUGCACUUUGGAGGAAAGCAAAGGAGCCGUUUGUUGGGGUGCUGCUUAUUGUGUGAGAGGAGGACCUCGAAAAGAGAAGGCGGCAAUGGAGUAUUUAGAAAGAAGAGAGUGCGAGUAUGAUCGCACGACCUUGGUGGACUUCUUUACUGAUGAAAACUCCUUACAUCCUGCCUUGACUGGAGUGAUUGUGUUCACAUCUACUCCCGACAAAGUAAAUAACAAGUAUUAUCUCGGUCCUGCUCCACUGGAAGAGAUGGCUAGGCAAAUUGCUACUGCAUCUGGUCCCUGCGGAAACAACAGGGAAUACAUAUUCAAAAUGGAGAAGGCUUUACAUGACAUUAGUCACGAAGACGACUACAUCAUUGAGCUAGCAAAUGAGGUGCGUAAAGUUCUUGGAAUCGCGGAAUCUGUUCCAAAGGAGAAGAAGUUACUUAGUCCUUCCCAAAUUCCACUCAAAUCUCACAUUUCACCUGUGAAACUCCACCCCUUGCCGGAAGCUAUAGCUGCCGUCACUGCAGACUCAUGACAAAUGAAAUGAUCUAGACCUCUUUAGGAGGAUGAAGUUUUUAUGUUUUUUGUUUCCAUCAAACUUAGACUAGGAAGUUAGAAAGUGGGGUAGGAAAAUGAGUUCAGUUGACAUACUAACCAGCCAGAGGACUUUGUGGCCAGGUUGAACAUGGAUUCUUGAGUUGUUAUGAGCAUGAUUUAAUGAAUUUUGGUUAGUAGUUUA